UUUUUUAAUUUCGGAAAGUUUAUUUAAAAUUUUAAACAAUCCUACUUUAUUUUUCGUUUAAAAGAUUCAAAUUUGUAAAUAUGUAAGAAGGGGAUUGAUCGAUUUAUUAAACUUCAUUUUCUGUAUCACAGUAUAGAUAGGAGAACGGGAUGAUCAAGUGGUAUUUUAUAGUUGGCCUGGUGUUUCUUCAAUUCGUGAUUGUGGUCAUUGCUGGUGUGAUUCUGUAUGGUAUAGAGAACAAGAACGAGUGGGCACAGGCAGACCUCAUCACCAGGAGGUUCAAGAAUUUCACAGAUUCGAACCUAUGUUUGUCUAAUGAAGACCUAAAGACUUUGUACUACACUCUGAAGAAACUUCUAGACGGAGGACUUAAGUAUAAGCCAUCAGGUGAUUACGGAACAUCAUGGGACUAUCAAUCCAGUAUAUACACUGCUCUCCAAGUGGCCAGCGGAGUGGGUUUCGGUACGAGUUCGCCAAAAACGACUGGCGGUCGAGCCUUUGUGAUCUGUUACGCGAUACUCGGAAUACCGAUAUUCGUUGUCGUGGUAUUCGGUAUGGGCGAGCAGCUCCUCAAGGUCAGUGACUGGAUCAGGAGAAAGUUCUGGAGUAAAGCUAAUUAUAGAGAUUCCGGAUGGGUUCACCUCGUUCGGUCAAUAAUUCUUGUGGUAAUUGGUUUCCUGAUAUUUUCCGUCAUAUCCGGUGGGAUCUUUUGCGCAAUCGAUCCGACCUUGAACUACGGCAGCGUGCUGUCCAUCAUCUCAAUCGUGUUUAUUGGACCUGGAGAGUUUAUGCCAGGCGAAAACAACGACUCGAUGUUCAAAGGUUGGUACAGACUGGUUGUCGGAGUCUGGAGCGUAUCGUCUGUCAUCUAUUUCUCAGGAGUUAUCCUCACAACGAGAAGGAUCAUUCUCAUCUAUUACACAAAUACCGGAUUGGAAAUUCCCGAGAAGCUGGACGAGAAGAAAAACAAAACGCAGCCACUCUCAUCAGUAGUGAAAGUUAGCCACAACAACAAACCCGACCAAGAAAAACCGUCCCCACUUCCGUUACCAUCUUCGACAACGUUUUUUCCUAACCUUCAGACGUUAAUGAAUAGAAAGAGUGGAGGCCCGCAUGAAAUCAAAGGCUACUCCAAUUCCGUAUACGUGGAAUAGGAGAAAAUAAAGCUAUUUUUUUAUCAAUAAUAAAUAAUUAUCUUUAUUUAUUAUUGUUAAUAUUAUUAUAAACAUUAUUAUUGUCAUUAAUUUUAUUGUUGUUGUUAUUACCAUUAUCGCUUACAUGAUGAUGAAAAUAAUAUUGUUAAUGAUAAUGAUGGGAUAAAAAAUUAGUGAUACUUUAUUUUAUAUGCUGAAAACAUUGUGGUGAACUAAUAUGCAAUCAAACUUGGGAUGACCUCGCACACCACAUACACACACGCACACACACACAAAUGUACAUAUAGAAUUGGUCAUAUGUGUGUAUAUUCAACACGCACACAAAAGCGCCGAUUUGUGAAAAUUUUAAGAAAGGCGAAAAUGGUUGAGUUGCAGAAAAUCUAUAAUCACGGUAGCCUGGUUACCGAAAAUUUAGCAAAAAUUUAGUCUAACAAGGGUAGGUUUUUUUAAAUAUUGGCGAAAGGGUAACAUUGAGGUUUUUCCCUAUUUUGAUCUAUUUGGGAGGGGUCGAAAAGGGCCGUGGUCUGCUUUCGCACCUUCAAAGUCGGCGCCUGUGCAUUAUAUUUAUUUAGUAUUUAUCACUUCUACAUUAGUAUUUAAUAACAUAGUAACUGAGUAGUGUUAUUUUCUAGGUUUCUUCUAUUUCAAAAAAUAUUUAACAAUUAAUGAUUAUAUUUAUAUAUUUGAUAAAAUUAUAUAUUGCUCUAAGUUAAAUGAAUCAUUUUUUUCUUUAAACAUGAUACGAAUAGAUGAGAAAUAAAUUUUACAGUAGUUCUCUCUCAACGUUGUGUUUAAAUCUUGUGCUUGUGCAGUUUAACGGCAUUUCAACCCAACUGGCUCUCCUUGCGCUUCUUGUACCUUUUCAAUAAAUCUCUUUUGUCGUUAUUCAAA